UAUACACACUACACUACUACACACUAGAUCUAGGCCUCUAGGCCAACUGUAGAAUACUGUAGAUCUUCAUAUUACACGCACCACAGUCAGUCAGUCAACACAGCAAAUCGGCCUCUAGACGUCUAGUUCAAGCCUCAAGAUUGUGUGGUUCCUCUCUCGGAUUAGAUUCUAGCUGCUGAAUUUAUGAAACGAUGUUUGGGCAGAUAGUCAUUGGUCCUCCAGGGGCAGGGAAAACAACAUACUGUCAUGGCAUGCAACAGUUUCUGUCUUCCUUGAAACGUGAGGUUGCUGUCAUAAACAUGGACCCAGCAAAUGACAUCCUUCCUUACCCAUGUGAUGUGGACAUAUCGGAGCUCGUGUCUUUAGAGGAUGUGAUGGCCCAUCUGCGUCUUGGGCCUAAUGGUGGGCUUGUAUAUUGCAUGGAAUAUUUGGAACAAAAUAUUGACUGGUUAAAGGCAAAGUUGGAUGGGUUAAAAGACAAAUACCUGCUGUUUGACUUCCCUGGACAGGUAGAGCUGUUCACCCACCACAACUCUGUGAAGAAUAUUCUUGAGAAGUUGACUUCAUGGGAUGUCCGGCUAACUGCUGUCCACCUUGUGGACUCUCAUUACUGCACUGAUCCCGGGAAAUUUGUGGCUGUUCUACUGACAUCCCUGAACACAAUGUUACAGCUGAGUUUGCCUCAUGUGAACGUGUUGUCAAAAGUUGAUCUAAUUGAGAAACAUGGCAAACUUGCAUUCAAUCCUGAUUUCUACACUGAUGUGCUGGAUCUGCAGUUUUUGCUUGAUCUUCUUCAGGAUGAUCCUCUGCUGCACAAGUACAAAAAACUUAAUGAGGCUCUUGUGGGCAUAGUUGAAGACUACAGCCUUGUGAGUUUCUUGCCCCUGAGUGUUGAGAACAAGGAGAGCAUGCUGAGAUUACUCAAAGCGAUCGACAAAUGUAAUGGCUAUGGGUUUGGCCCUCUAGAAGACCGAAGCAUUGAAUCCCUGAUGUCCUGUGCUGUGGGGGCGGAAUUUGAAUAUGAGAAAAUCAAAGAUGUGCGAGAGAAGUUUAUGAAUACUGAUGAUGAUAUGGAAGAAGACACAUAGCAGUUGAGUUUAGAAACUUUAUAUAUAUGUAAACAUAUUUUUAUAUUCUCUUUUAAUUUUUUUUCUUCUUUUUCUUUCUUUUUCUUUUCUUUCUUUUUUUGCCUGUGGUUAUGGGUACGGCCCUCCCUACGUACGGCCCUUAGAUUUAGAUAGAAGUAUGCUCACGGCCUUGAUAAUCACUUAGCUGGACCGCGUCACUUUAUCGAUAGAUAACUUGGCCAAGACAAAGAUCGUGUAUAACAAGAUAGUUCUAUCCUCUAUAAUUAAGCCAAUUCAAAAAGUGUCCUCAAUAUUCGGUGGCGCCCUAUUAAAAAAAGUGUGGACUUUGUGAUCAGAGUUACCCUACUUGUGUGAAAA